AUGUCCGACUAUCACGUCUUUCCUAUGCAAUACGAACCCAUCGAAGGAGAAAACCUCAGAGUCAAGGUGGAUGUCGACCAUUCAACUUUUUCCGUCUACCUCAAGAAGUUGGACAUCACCCAGAUGUCCCUACACAAGUGUGUGGACUUCGCGCAGACUCUCCUUGACGAUGUGACUCUCGAAGUUGGCCGGAACGAUGACGAGCUCCUUGGUAGAGCCCUCAACAAGUUUUGGUCAAAGGCUGUCCCUCCUCUCAAAUGA